AUGAAGGGUGAUGAACAAAAUCAACCAAAUCCCUUAAUUUCUACGCAUAUAAAUACAGAUACUUGGAUAAUUCUAUUACCAUUAAUAAAUCAUGACUCCUCCCAAAAUAAAAUAGCUAGGAUAAAGAGGUUGAUGAAAAAUAAUAUCAAAGAGGAGUUAAAAAAAAGAUCUCUGUAUUAUGAUGAGAAAGAGAAUCAGCCAGAAGUCAACUAUUUUCGAUCUUGUUGGGCUUUAAAAGAAAACCAAGAAUACGGAAAGAAAGGUGGCAGAAAAUACAUACCUGAAGAAGUAAUGGAAUUAUUGAAAGGUUUCUUUCACACCGGUGACACCUACAAAAGUGAGCGAUAUUUAGCAAAAGAAAUGCUUGUAGCACUGCAAAAGAAAGUGGAAAUAGGUGAGCUUGAAGAGAGUGAUAUACCAAAGUUGAAAACAAUUGAAAACUGGAUCAGUUAG